AGAAGUUCAGAAGUUGUGCAAGUUCAGAAGUUCAGAAAUUGUGGUUGGAAUAAUAAAUUUAAUUUUCUUCUGGGUGUGAUUACUGGUUCUGCCUCGCACCAAUGGCCACGCAAAGUCCCAUUUUAAAGUGUUGUUUUUUUUAAUUUAAUUUUUAAAAUUUUUUAUCCUCAAUAAAUGAAUUAUAAAAAGAGAAGUCAAUUUCGUUACUGUCAAAAUUUCAGGAGCUAUUUUUCUUUACCACCAAAAAGAGUUUGUCAUUUCUUUCUAUUAUAACCUCUGUGCAAAUAUGUGUGUGUAUAUAUAUAUAUAUAUAAAUUAAUGGGAAGAAGCAAUCCAAAUUCCAAAGCUUUCUUUCUUUCUGUUUUUUCACCUCAGUCUCAGGUCACCUCUGUAAAGAUAGCCCACAUGCUCUUCUCUCUCUCAUUCUCUGUCUCACUCUCUCUCUCUCCGGUGGCCUAAGUAACUAGUUUUAAGUAUUCCAACACGCUUUGAUAUGGUGUCAAACCGCUAACCAUUGCAAUACCUCGCAAAAUAGCUAACCCUUAAACCAAUUUCUCUCUACAAUGAGAAAUUACGUAAAGAUUGCGUGAAGGUGAGUCGAAUUCAGAGCUGAAAAUGGUGGAAGAGCAUAUAUUUGGAUGGCCACCCAUUGGAGCUCCUUUAGACCUUCAGAGAGAUGACCAUGGGAGGCAUUUCGAUAGCUCAGUAAAUGCUGUUUCUUUUGGGUUCGUGGCUACUGCCAUUCUUAUUUCUAUGUUCUUAGUCAUGGCAAUCUUUGAGAGAUUUUUGAGACCCACUUCGCCGCCGUUGUCUCCCUCCGGUGGCCGGGGCCAUGGGGAUCUGGAGGCUCAGUUGGGUUUCAAUGGGAAGCUUGGACACCCGUCACCAAAAAUGACCAUUUAUUCUAGUGGAGUUUCAGUGUUGAUGCCUGGAGAUGAUAUCCCUACCUUCAUUGCUCUCCCAGCUCCUGUUCCUUGUCCUCGUGAAGGCAUUUUAUGGCCACAACAUCAACAACAACAGAUGUCAUUUCCAAUUCCCACCUCAAACUCCAACACAAACACAACCUCAAGUUAGCAACGAGAAAUUUUAGAAUGAUAGGUGGUUGCUUUCUUUCGUCAGUUUUAAAAAAUCAAACUUACAAACUCAAGCAGAAGUUACCAAGGAAAACAAUAGCAUCUGGGGAACGCAAUCGGGUUUGCCAAGUUUCUUUUAUUUUUUUUAUUUCUCUUUCUGCAAAAGCUCUUGAAUCUGUAUAUAGCAUUCAGGGGAUACUGGCUUUGGCAAAUAUCCAAUUCGCCUUUGAGGUAACUGUGCCCAACGUGCUUCACUUUUCAUCCCUUGCCAUUCACAGGAAUAUGACCUUUAUCCUUAGAGAUGUAUUAUGUUGUCCAUCAAAUGGAUCAGUCUCUUUGUAAAAAGAAUGAAGAAUGUAAUUUGUAUCAGAGUUCAAGGACAUUUUUCAUCAGUUGUUACAUGAUGGUAUCUAUCAAGCUUUAGAUUUCCGAACA